CAUACUAUGUGGAAAGCAUUAAGUAUUCACAUCCCGAAGAAAUGCCGCUGGCGACGCGGCCUUAACGAAGAUAAGUCUCGGGGAUGCCCUCGAAUUUCGACGGCCGAAUUUGCGCGGCACCCCGUUUUCAAAGCAUCGAUUGGAACAUGGCCAAUCACGGAAUGCAAUCAACGUAUCUUGUCUCAGGCAGAUUGAGUGAUAUAAGAAACAGGUCUGUGUAAUGAGGAGAGUUACAAUCAAAAACAAAUGUUUGAAUUGUAAGAGAAAUUGGUUACGUCAGCGUUUUUCGAUGCCUUUCGGCACAUUUAUUUGCAUCGCGUGUCAUUUUUAUCUGGCCUUCGAGCUGCGCGUAUCUCUGGGACUCUCAUAGACGAUUCAACGCACUUGGUUCCUUUUAGAAAUAAUCCUUCCUCAGCAGGACACGUCUGACUGCUAAUGUCUUGAUAAAUUAUCAAUACAUCGUUGUUUUGCGAACAACGUCGUUUCGUAAGCAAUUACUUUCCGCGCUUGAGACAAUUGUUAAAAAUGAGUUCAAGAACAUGGAAAUGCAUAAAGAUAUUUAUGAUACCAUGACACACCACAAUACAUCAUAUUUACGAGAGUUUAAUUACAUACAUAAUUGCUCAGUUAAUUUAACAAUAGGCCGAAAGUAAACGAUUUAUCAAACAGCAAAGUUAGAAGAAAAGAUCCUCUCACACAUUGUCGAUCUAUGUAAAGAGAAUCGCCAACGAAGAAGGUGCCUUCUUCGUGCCUCUAAGAGCGAAAUAAAUAAAAAUUGCCAAAUGAGCACAUCAUCAAGCUGCGAGCAGCGGCAUUUGCAUCGAGCCUUCGAAAAUGAUGUGGACGUCUGACGAUGGUCAUUGGCAGACCAAACGUGAUAAACUUACUGAUUUCAGUGUACCGAGAAUCUGCCAUUCAUACAAUAUUCAAGAUCCUUACGCGCAGUUCGCUAUAUAACACCCUUCCGCGGAUCACAUCAUCAGUCUCCUCAAGAUUCCCGAACACGGAGCUCCAGAUAAAACAUCACAUUUGUCGAGGAAACCAACCGCAGCGACGAGGGACCACCGGCGCGCGAAGAAAUAAGAAAAAGAAGACACGUACCUUGCGACAGCCCGUUAAAGCAUGGCGCGGGAAAAGUUCUUCGUCGUGUUAUGUCUCUGUUUUGUCGCGAUAGCUCUGAGUGUGCCGCAGCAGUCCAAGUCUAAGAGGCCCACGCCGGUUUAUAAGCAACCUGUAACCGGUGGCUUGUUGCUGCCCGAUAACGCGACUCUCAUUCGCGAGAACAUCGUUGACACAUUUUCGUGCCAGGACAGGAUUUACGGAUACUACGCUGAUAUGGAGAACGGAUGUCAAGUGUUUCAUGUGUGCAUGCCGCAAACGAGGGGCGCGAUUAGAUGGAGCUUCAUUUGCCCCGGCGAGACGGUGUUCAAUCAGGCGACAUUCGUAUGCACACGAACAGAAAGCUCGAUACCGUGCGAAGAAUCGGAAAAAUAUUAUGUUUUGAACGAAGAUAUCGGGAAGGAGGUGGAGGAGGAGGAGGCGGAUGAGGAACGAGGGAAGGAAAACAUCACGAAGACUGUUGAACCCGGACUGGAAACGGUGUCGAAGAAAUCUCCGAGAAAUUCGAGAUUGACAAAUCGAGAGAGGUUGUUCUGGCAUCAGUAAGAAUUAUACUUUUCCUGGCUCACAUUCGAAAAGGACUGCUCUAUGAAAUAUCGCGACACGGCUAGCCAACAGGCUUAAAAAUGACAUCAAUUUUUAACUCAUCUCGAUCGAGAUUGAUUAAAUGCUCAUUUGUUUAAGAUAAUCGCUUGUAGAUUGCUUGUUUUCUCGCCUGCCUCGCAAGAGCGCUCGUAACGCGGCAAGUAGCGCGUAGGACUAAAAUUUAAAUUAUUGUCACGCAAAUGAUGUAAAGUAUCGUUAUCUGAUGACGUAAUUGUAUGGCGUGUGAUAAAUAUGUGUGAAAUAAAAUUCUGUACAGUACCAGUGGAAUACGUAUAUUACGUAAUUGUAUGUGCAAAAAUUACAUCUGUAAUUAUUCGAUAAAUAAAAUGAAAGAUGUUGCAGUAAAGCUGACAUCUUCCUUCACCUCGUUGCAUUUGUACAUAUAUGCCUUUGCAUAUUUUUACAAGAAUGACAAUGAAGUAUAUAUACGAUUAUAGCCUUAAGGAAAGAUAUCCGACGAUAAAAAGUCUUGUAAAAUUACUUUUAUCGCUAAUGGAAUAAGUACAGGCCAAAUAUAUAUCUAAUACUGAUAGCUAAAGCACAAGGCUAUGAUUAUACGAAGAAGAACGUUACACGAAUGUCCCAAGCCUAAAGUGCAUAAAAAUCGUGUUACAACAGUGUCGCAAGCGCCGUAAUACAAAAAAAAAA